AUGGCGGCAUCAGUUUCAACCCGAUUCCUUGUUCUACUCAAAGAUUUUUCAGCCUUCAGAAAGAUAUCAUGGCGUUCUGCUGCCACUAAUUACCCCUGCCAAUCACGUUUUUUAUGCCAUGUUGCGAAAGAAGAUGGGUCUCUUACUCUAGCAAGUCUUGACUUGGGGAAUAAGCCAAGGAAAUUGGGGAAGAGUAAGGCGACAAAGCUUGAGGGAAGUUUUGUUACUGAAAUGGGUCAAGGUAAGGUAAGAGCGAUAAAGAACGAUAAAAUGAAAGUAGUGAAGGAAAAGAAACCAGCUGAGAUAGUGUCACCUUUGUUUUCUGCAAAAUCCUUUGAGGAACUUGGCCUCCCAGAUUCAUUGUUAGACAGCUUGGAAAGGGAAGGUUUCAAUGUCCCAACAGAUGUCCAAUCCGCUGCUGUCCCGGCAAUAAUUAAAGGUCACGAUGCAGUGAUUCAGUCUUACACAGGAUCUGGCAAAACCUUAGCUUAUCUACUUCCAAUAUUAUCCGAAAUUGGUCCACUAGCAGGAAUAUCUAAAAGCUCCCACGGUGAAAGCGAGAAGAGGACAGAGAUUCAGGCAAUGAUCGUAGCUCCAUCAAGAGAACUCGGUAUGCAGAUAGUAAGAGAGGUUGAGAAACUGCUCGGGCCGGAUCACCGUAGAAUGGUUCAGCAGUUGGUAGGAGGUGCAAACCGAAUGAGGCAAGAAGAGGCGCUUAAGAAAAAUAAGCCCGCAAUUGUUGUUGGUACUCCCGGGAGAAUUGCAGAGAUAAGCAAAGGUGGAAAAUUGCACACUCAUGGUUGUAGAUUCUUGGUGCUAGACGAAGUCGAUGAGCUUUUAUCGUUUAAUUUUCGAGAAGAUAUCCAUCGGAUACUUGAACAUGUAGGAAGGAGAUCCGGGGCUGGUCCAAAAGGGGAAAUCGAUGAACAUGCUAACCGACAGACAAUUCUAGUCUCUGCAACUGUGCCAUUCUCUGUUAUUCGAGCAGCUAAAAGCUGGAGUCAUGAGCCGCUACUUGUCCAAGCCAACAAAAUCACUCCUCUUGAUACAGUUCAACCACCUGCACCAGUAAUUAGCUUAACUCCCACAACUUCUGAGGCUAAUGGCCAGAUUCAGAAUACUAUUCAGAGCCUACCUCCAGCUCUAAAACACUAUUACUGCAUCUCAAAACAUCAACACAAAGUCGACGCGUUAAGGAGAUGUGUUCACGCCCUUGAUGCCCAAUCAGUUAUAGCUUUCAUGAACCACUCAAAGCAGCUCAAAGACGUGGUCUACAAACUCGAAGCUCGUGGUAUGAGUUCAGCUGAGCUGCACGGAGAUCUCGGGAAGCUAGGGAGAUCAACGGUACUAAAGAAGUUCAAGAACGGGGAAGUUAGGGUACUCGUGACUAACGAGCUCUCGGCUCGGGGUCUUGAUGUUGCUGAAUGUGAUCUAGUGGUGAAUCUUGAACUUCCAACGGAUGCGGUUCACUAUGCACAUCGAGCUGGGAGAACUGGGAGGCUGGGAAGGAAAGGGACAGUGGUUACAGUGUGUGAGGAAUCACAAGUGUUUAUAGUUAAGAAAAUGGAGAAGCAGCUUGGUUUGCCUUUCUUGUAUUGUGAGUUUGUUGAUGGAGAGCUUGUUGUCACUGAGGAAGACAAAGCUAUUAUAAGGUAG